CCCAAUCGUCGACGCUUUUUUGCAUAGUAAAAACAUGGCGUCGUACCCACACACCUGGCUGUUUGUGGGCAAGUUGAAUACGAUUGUCGCGUCAGGGCCCCACAUCCAGGCUAUCGAGACGCAGACCGGCAAUGUGCUACACUCCACUGCUGCCCUGAAAGAGGCCAAGCUAGAGGCUGUCGUUAAGUCCGGCCCUAUCCGUUGUAUAGCCGUCGACCGCGACUUCCGGCAUGUCGUUGCCUCAGGAGAAGACAAAAAACUGAAGGUGUGGCGUUUGGAUGGGUUAGAACUGUUAAGUGAACGUGAGCUACCCAAGAAACCGACCGAUGUACACUUCACUCGCGAUGGCCAGACUAUUAUCGUCUCUGACAAGUUCGGGGACAUCUUCAGCUAUCCUCUCUAUCCAGACAUCAAAAACCUGGCUGCAGAGACAGAUAAGCGGAACGCGAUAAUCUCGCACGAAAAUCCAUCGGACGGCACGCUCGUUUUGGGUCACACUUCUCUCCUGACAUCCUUUAUCCUAACAGAAGACGAAAAGUUUGUCAUCAGUGCGGAUCGCGAUGAGCACAUCCGUGUCAGCUGGUUCCCCCAAGGCUAUGUCAUCGAGAGGUUCUGCCUGGGACACAAUAAGUUCGUCUCGGCUGUGCAUAUCCCCAAGUUCUCCCCUUCGACUCUUAUCUCAGGCGGAGGUGACCCCGAGCUCAAGCUAUGGGACUGGAUGUCAGGAGAAUGUCUCGGCGACAUCUUUGUCCUCGAGACAGUUGAGCCCUUCAUCACCGUAAGACCACCAAAAGGCCGGGCAAACCAGUCUGAUGAAGAUGGUGACGAGGAAGAACCGAACUUACAGAAGGGAAAGCGCAAGGGCAAAGGCAAGAAGGGGAAGGGUAAAGGGAAGGCCGAGGCUGUGGUUGACGAGGAUACCGCAGACGCGGAGAAGGCAGAGUCCGUAGAGGAUUCAGAAAGCAUGGCUGUGGGCGAAGCAGGCGAUGGCGAGGCUGAGGAGCAUGCAGAGGGGAACGACGCGUCCGGUUCAGCACAGGAAGAACAGCCCCUUGUACUCGUCAUCCGCCAAAUUGCAUCGAUCGAUGUCGCGGGUCAAGGACAUUUUGUCGUGUUCAAUGCUGUUGGCGCAACUGCGUUGUUCUACUUUAUAUUCUCGUCCGAACCCAAAGCUCAGCCUGCGCCUGCAAUCUCCUCAAUAAACUUAGGCAGACCCGUAAUCGACUUCUCUAUUGACGAAAGCGGACGUAUCUGGGCGCUGGUUGACGGCGAGAGGCAAGGGUUGCCCGCGACAGACGAGCACGACAAAAGUUUGGUCAGGUUGCUUAACUUCGCAGAUGGCAAGCUGAUUGAAGUGGAGAGGGAGGCGCCUGUCUUGUUGACAUCCCUCAACUCACAAUGCAAAAUUACUGCCUCUGCAUUGGAUCUUAAAGCAUUGGAUCUCUACUCUGCCCUGUCAAGUAUGCCAAAGCACGUUGAUCCGGAGCACGACCCCAUGCGGCGUAACGAUCUCGAGUCUCUCGAAUCAGCGACUAACCCCUUCGACAGCCCGAGCCACGCGGGAACGUCCAGUGAACCUGGCACAAAGACUCGCGAGCUGACCCAGCGUGAGGCAGCACGGUUGAAGAGGAAGCAGGCGUUGGAGGCAAAAAUCAUGAAAGACCAAGCGGCAUCAGGCACCGUAUCCGCGAAGCCAGACGAUGGCCGCGAGGCUAAAAGGGCCAGGUCAGAGGUUACUAUCUCACAAGCUGCCGGUGAACAGGCUGAUGUGACGAUGAAGGAUGUAGCGUAGGAUACGCUAGUCGUUACGCCCCAAUAACGCGCCUAUAAUUUUUGUACCUCGUAACUGUCGUGAGAAAUACUUUCCUUUUCG